AUGGCCGAUGUUUUGUUUGUCCGUGAAAAUGGGAAACGUUCCUGGAUUGACGUUGGGAGAUUUGUAAUAUAACCGAGUAAAUAACGUCUGACAAUCACGUGGUAAGAUGAAUGCGACUAGUCUUUACGUGUCGACGUGUCGACUCGUGCUCCAAGCGGACGCGGAAGAUUCAAACUCGUGGACCGACUUGUACAGGCUAGUUCCGUACCUCAGGCAGAGUUUGAGCUGCACCGUGUGUUCGAAUCUGCUGAUCGAGCCGCAUACGCCGACAGAGACGAGCUGUCAGCACCACGUGUGUCGCGGCUGCCGUGGCGGCCGAAAAAAACUCAAACCGUCCUGUGGUUGGUGCAAGGAUUACGAGAAGUACGUUGAAAACGUACAGCUCAGGAUACUCCUGCAGUGUUACAAAAAACUCUGCGAAUACUUGACGAGCACUGCUAUCUACAGGAGUCUAAUGCUUUCCGCCUCUUCCGAUACGGCGAGCACCGGUGGUACGCCUAUGGGAGCGAACGGUCUAGUCGAACUCGUACAGGAAGGUGCGGGAUUUAAAGAUGAGUACAAGAGCACCGCUGGACUUUCCAAGUCCGCGUAUAGUAUAUUACCUUGCGUGUAUACCAGCACCACUGCCACGCAGACGCAAAGCAACUCCGCGCAGCCUGCCGAUGUUGUUUCUCAGACGAUAUCUGAUUCUUCGGCAAUUAGAACGGUAUCGAACGGAUCGUCGAUAUACUCCGUAAUGUAUGCAGGUAGUGGUAACAAAAUAACGAUAAAACGAAAAGCAGCAGCGAAAGAGGAUACGGAGACGCAACAUCAGGAUGUGGAUGAAAUAUCGCAGUGUUCGAUAGGAGGGGUAAAAUGUAUUCCAACUUCGCAUCUGACGUACGACCCUUCUCCGCAGAAAAAGUCAUCAAAAGGCAACAAAUCCUCAGGAAGUUUUAAAAAACCCCGCUCGAAUUCAACUAGGAGUAAGAGAAGAGGAUGCAGAUGCGGUAAUGCCACGGCGGUUCCCGGAAAAUUAACGUGCUGUGGACAAAGAUGCCCUUGUUACGUUGAAAGCAAACCUUGCAUCGAAUGUCGAUGCAGGGGAUGUAGAAAUCCCCACAUGGCUGACGGUUUGAAGAUUCGCCCACGUAUACCUGAACUUCACAAUUUACAGCUACAAUUGUCAACUCCUAUAGACUGCGAUGGUUUGAGUCCAGAUCCGCUGGGCUCCGUCCAGCAGUGUUUGUCUACGUCUCCAACAACUAUUCAAGUUUUAAACGUUUACUCCGCAACUGAGUUAGAUAUCGAUAACGUUCCGCAAAAUCUACCAGCUGCCCUACUAGUCGGUGAAGAUAAUAUAAACAGUACGGAGAGCGAAGCCGAGGACAGCGAUGUACAAAUCGACGUGUGACGG